AUGGGCCUGACCCACCCCCUUUUCCCCCCCCCACAGCACUUCGCCCUCUUCCUCAAGUACAUCAUCCAAGUGGCCAUCCCCGACAUCCCCGCCUGGGUGGCCGAGGAGAUGGCCAAGCUGGAGUACCAGCGCCGGGAGGCCUUCAAGAAGCACGAGCGGCAGGCGCAGCACCACUUCCAGCAGCAGCAGCGGCGCAAGAGGGAGGAAGAGGAGCGGCAGCGUCACGCCGAGUACCAGGCCCGCAAGGAACGCGAGUCCAACCGCGACGAGGCCAAACCCGAGGCCACCGGCCAGGACCCGGCUCACGAGAAGAGCCAGAGCAAAGGGAAAAGCUCCGGAGGUUCCUCCUCUCACGGCUCCGACAAACCCAAGCGCCCCAGCUCCCUCCUGGCCACCAACAACGUGAUGAAGUUGAAGCAGAUCAUCCCUUUGCAGGGCAAAUUCCUCUCCGGGGGGGCUGGGGCUGGCAGCACGGCCACCGCCAGGUCCCCCCAGUCGCCCACCGGCAGCGAGAACAAGCUCCCCGGCUUCCUCAGCUUCAAGUUCCUCAAAUCCCCCGAAACUAAGAGGGACGCGGCCACCGAGAAGGUCCAGUCGCCCACCAAGCCAUUCAACCCCGGCAAGCUCUUCAACUUUGGCAAAUCCGAAGGGGUUGGGGGCAACGGGGCGGGGGCCACCCUCUUCAAAGGAUUCUUCAGCUUCGGCUUCAGCUGA